AUGGUGGAAGAGGAUGAAACGGCUGGUAAAACACCGGAGGAAUGUCGAGAUCUUGGAUUGUGGGAAGUGGAUCUGGUCUAUUAUAGUCUCAACGGGAACAAUAAGGGGGAUUCCACGAAAAAUAAACGUGGAAAAGCCUACAAAGCACGAAGCGACAGUGAAUACAAGUGUUUCGAAGCACAUGACGGAGUGCUUUAUCGACCUGGCGAUCAUGUUUUCAUCGAAGUGUCUCAGUGUGAUCCUUAUUAUAUUGGGACAAUUUCAAAUUUUAAAAUGACAAAACGAGAUCAGCUGUCAGUAAAAGUUACACGAUUCUAUAGACCGGAAGAUGUCCCUGAAGACAGCUACUCAUUGUUACUCCAAGAUCGACAAGAUGAUACAUCGCUUAAUCAUACUGUCAUGGCUGCUAUGCAAACUCGAGAAUUAUUCUCUUCCGAAAUCUCAUCUGUCCAUCCAAUUUGUCAUCUCAGGGGUAAAUGUACGAUACGUUUGAUUAAAGACAUUCGCACAUUACGCGAAUGUGACAUACAAUCUUUAACUGAUAUUUUUUUCUCGUUGGUAUCAUUCGAUCCAAACAAUAGCAGGCUGGCAUCCGUACAAGGUGAAAUCCGCGUUGGCGGAUCAUAUCAGGCGAAGUUACCCCCAAUGGAGAGAUGCUCUGCGGUGGAUGAACCGGAUCGCGAUGAAUUGCAAUGGAGGCCGGGUUAUAUUAAUGAAGAGAGUGAGCAUGUUUAUAAAAGAGCGACACGAUCAUUUCGAAUGUUUGCUAUGGUUCGGAAUGAACAAAUUACACAAAUGGAGCGUGAUUUUAGGACUGGUGAUUUAUGUAUGCAUGAUGCCAUAAUUACGCUACAUAAAUGUGAUUAUAACGUAAAUUAUGCCAUUGAGGCAAUGAAUAAAAAUGACGAACAUAUGCUUAAAGUGACCAAUUUUAUGAGUGUUGAUGAUGCCAAGAAAUUUGCUCGUGGCAUUAAAACAUAUGGGAAAAAUUUCUUAAAAAUCAAAAAGGAACUACUACCACAUCAUCGUCGAGAUGAACUAGUACAGUUUUAUUAUGGAUGGAAGAAAACUCGCGAUGCAACAAGGCCUAAGCCGUUAGCACGGCAGCGAAAUACGACAACCGCAACACAUCGAAAACCAAAGAGCAAUCAAUUGAAGGCAUCUCGUCCUGGUAGUACCGAUUUGGCUGAUUAUGCAUCUGCAAGCGAGGCUGAAAUGGAAGAGUUAGAAAAUGAUGGUCGUGCUGCAGCAUAUGCUUGUCAUCAUUGCUACACAUCAAAAAGUAAAGAUUGGCACCAUUCUGGUAGAGAACGGCAAUUGCUUUGUACUGAAUGUCGAAUUUUUUAUAAGAAGUAUGGGCAGCUACGUCCUGUCGAUCGGCCAAGUACCGUUCCACCAUCACUGUACAAACCGAGAAGUCCUGAGGGCAACGAUGAUGAGGAACAAGGAGUAAGGACACGAGCUAAUAAAAAGGAAAGACGUGGUACUUCAUUAGAGAUGGAUAAAAAAGGUGUCAGUUCACCAAAUGAUGGCGAAACGACGAAGCAAAGAAAUGGAAAAAGGAAGCGAAAUCAUGCGCAAAACAGUGAAUAUGUAAAUGGGAGUGCAAAGAAACGGUUUAUAAAAGGAGAGAAGGAAGAUGAAAAUACCGGUGUACAAGAAGAAGAUGAACCGGGUGUCAGUUCAGAAGUUCGCACCAGUGAUAAUUCGUUAAAUACUGGAAAGGUGAAUGAAACAGAAACAUCUCCAGAAUCAGAGUCAAUUUCGGCGUCAUUGAAAGUAGUCAGUAUUGAUGAAGAAGGAAAGCACUGUCUGGUGCAAGCAAAGACGUCUGUAUGUGCGGAAAAAGGAGGUCCGAGUGUUGAACUGCAAACCUCUAUUUCUGUUUCAACCAAUGCUGCGGUAAAUGAACCGCCUUCAGCUUCCGGCAUUGCUGAAAAUGAAGUUGCGGAAGCUGUAGAAAUUGCAACAGAACAGCCCAGCACAAGUUUCGUGAAGCCAAUCGAUCGGACUCCUCCUGAUGAAAUGAAAACGGAAGAGGAAGAUUCAGAUGAUGGUUAUUGGAUCAUAAAUGAUACAGUUGCUGAAACAACAAAAAAUGCAUUGCUCAUCCGAGUUAUCGAUCGGCGCUGUGGUCAAAUGUGUGCGCGUACAGAUCUAGCUUUUCGUAUGAAACCUGGUUCGGAAUGGGAUAAGAAACGAGAAGCUCGUGCCUCCCUCAAGAACCAUAUAAAUAAUACGCAGAAAAAGCCCAAUGAAACGUUCCAGACUCCAGUUACAGUGCCAAAAUUGCCAUCUGCACAACUUGCACCUUUGUCGGGUACGCCAAGUGUUGAAGCAUUCAUGGGGGGUCGGGUUCCCAUGAAUGGCACUGCAGUUUCUGGUUUACCAGGAAUGUUUCCCGGUAUGCCGGAUCCACGAUUCGGUUUCCUUACUCCUCAGCAGCAGUAUGCUAUCGCUGUUGAACAGCAAGUUUUUCAAAAGCAAAUGGAACAGCAACUACGAGCACAUCAGUUAGAGAUGAUACGAAAUGGUGCGAAUGGUACAGUAACGACGGGUUCUGCAGUAACAGCUGUUCGUGAUUCUCCAUCUCGUGGCGGUACUGCUGUUAAUGCUCAUGGAUUUCCUCCCAACAUGCUUUCACCACCUUUCCAUAAUUUUGGGAUGGACCCGAGAGCCUUGGCUGCACUGAUGCAUAAUCCACAGCUUGCUUCGCAGUUUGGGAUGGGUAUCGAUAGUCAUACCGCAGCAAUGAUGAGUGCCUUGGAGCAACGAAAUAAUUUGGAGCAGCGCAUGCUUAGUAUGGCUGGUAUGGAAAUGUUGGCUCCUGGUGGAAUACCGGUAUCUCAAGCACCGCAGUCCCAUCUCCAUCCACAUGCUGCUGCGAUGAUGCAACAUGCAGCUGCUACUCAUCCUGGUGAUGCACUUCAGUUGCAGCAGCUGUUAGCCAUGUCAGCAGCAGCGCAGGCUCAAGCUCAACGUCCUUUCCUGGAGCAAAAUGCGCUUUUGCAAAUGACGAUGAUGAAUCCAUUCAAUAAUGAAUUGGGGUCUCGAAUCGUAAAUCCUGGCUCAUUGAAUUCUGAUAUGAUGCGGCGGUUACAACAGGAAGGUGGUUUUGCAACUACACAAAGGCCGUAA